GGGGCGGCGGCUCCGCCUCUUCCUGCGGCGGGCGCGAUGCCCCUGGAGCCGCUGGUCUGUGCCCAAACAGCCACACGGGUGAGCUCCGUGCUGAACAGGGAUGUGAAGCAGUUUGGGAAGCAGCACCUGUUUGAUGGCAGCGAGGAGACCUGCUGGAACUCAGACCAGGGCACAUCCCAGUGGGUCACCCUGGAUUUCCCUCGUCCUGUCAAGGUCUCACAGCUCCACAUCCAAUUCCAGGGGGGAUUUUCCAGCCAGCUGUGCACGCUGGAGGGCUGCAGGACAGGUGAGGAACUGGUGAAAAUAUCCGAGCUGUACCCCCAGGACAACCACACCAUGCAAAAAUUCCAGGUGGAGGAGACAGUGCUGGAUAAACUGAAGAUCACCUUUGGGAGCAGCACGGAUUUUUUUGGGAGGAUUGUGGUUUAUCACCUGGGGGUGCUGGGGGAGAGGCUCUAGGGGGGCUGUCCCAAAUUUUGGGGACUCUGAAAAACACCCUGAGGGGGAUCCUUGUCCCCUGAGGUGACACUGGAGGCUGGGAUGGCACACA